UUGCCAGUGCGACGGGUUGCGACGGGGAAGCCGACGCUGAGGGCUGGCUGGCCGGCUGGUGCGGUGGUCGCUCGGGUCGGUCUCCGAUCAACGGCCGCAUGUCUCCGUGUGCGCCCCUUCGCAUGGUGGCUCGUGUAGCAUGCCGUGCUUCUGCGGCCGUCUCGGGCAUUUCGUGCGUGCGUGUGUGUUUGUGUGCGUAGCGUAGCGCAUUCCGCAAGCAGGAUGCCGACGGCUGCGUGAGAAUGAUCGCCGUGGUUUUGCCUCUUUGAUACGCUGCCGAGGAAGGAAGAAUUACAUAAAGCGGAACCCGGCCUCGUGUCCAUCGGAUGUGAAAGAGCGGCAGUCUUCUCCAGCUAUCGAGGAACCAUGACGGUGACUGCGUCUUCUGGCGGGACGACCGCAGCUGCGGCGCCGGUGUCGCGAGACGGGACUGAUCGCUGUCGGUUUUGGUCCCACCGUGUUGGGUACACGAGGCGUUAUUGCGACUGCGGUGCUUCGAGCAACGGCGGCGGCGGCGCGGAGUCGUCCCAGCUUGUUUCGCUGGCGAGGCCGCAGCAAUGACCCAGUCGGCGUAGCCAUCGUAGCCUCCAGCCAAGAAAAGCGCCUCCCAACUUUUCGUUCUUUCCCACCGCAAUCAUCUACACGGGAAACAAAAAGAGAAGUGAAAGCGACGCUUCCCCCAAUUCCGCAACUCGAACUGUCUAGUUUGUUUUGUGAGCUAGUGCACUGUUCACUGUUUCACCUUGCGGGAUUUCGGUCUUCGCCUUCUGACUACACAUCCCGACGACUAUUUGUUUACCUAGCUUGGUUUGGCAUUGUUUUUCCGGAGUUGAAAUCCGGACGCCCGGUUCGAUAUCUCCGCUUUCACGGGACAUCCGAGGCGCACUCGUCCGCUUAUCCGGUUAGGGUGAGUCGAUCUUAAUCCGAAGGAUAAUCCUCUUGUCUACAUCGACAAUCGUACCUCUCUUUUUUUCUCUGUGUUUUGGCGGGGACAGCUGGCGUUCGUUAUCCUUCCGGUCGCGUUGCUCUACACAGCGAAGAAGAAGAGAAAAAAAGGGGUGGGAAUCAAACAAGCGCUCAGGCUGUCUGUUCUGUUUGCAAACCUGCCAGAGUCCGACUGGUGGCUCAAAUGCACAUUUCAUUCUUACCUGUGUGAGUCUGCUGUGCAGGAGGCGUAGCCGCGAAUGCUUAGCGCUCGCGUGACGCACACUUCUCUCUGCGGGCUAUUUACAAGCGGCCGGGGUGCGCAUUUUCGCUAAUUGCCGGCUAGGCACUACGUAAAACGGGUUUCGCGGCUAAACUCUUCUCAGUGAGCCGACCUUGCCUGCGCAAUUGAACGGCGAAUGCUUGGGAAACUAGCCGCCACCAUCGUCUGCGCAGUUUCUUUCAUUAUAUUUUUCCCCCGUGCCGAUGAGUGAAACGCGUGUUCCACUCGAAACGUUUCGUUUUCCUGCUUCCACAAAAGCGCGCGCUUGCCGGGGCCGUGCGAAGCGAUCGGAUAAACGGGAGCGUACUGUGUGCUGCGCUCGUUGCAUGUAGCUUGACUGCGGUGGUUUGCGAGAUCUCUCGCAAGCACAAUCUGUAGUGCAUCGCAAACUCAGCUUCUCAGCCCCACUCGUUUCUUUUUUAUCUCGAGGGCUUACGGCGCAGCUGUGGUGGCAGGGGAAGCGCGAAACAACCCCCCUAGAAACUCGUGAGAGAGACCGCUGCGGUGAAGCUAUCAGUUUCUUUCGUAUGCGAAUGCGUUAAGGGGGCAAAGAAAGCGCUGCAGCGUAAGACACUCUCGUCGCCACUCACAUACGCCAGACGGAUCGAUAGGCGCUAAACCACGCAGCAAGUGUACGUAUACCCCGUGCUACGCCCAGGGCAUUUUGUUUUACUUUGCCCGCCAGCACCUACGCUCGACGGGUCGGCCGUAUACCGUUUCGUUUCUCGUGGAAACGGCUCUGAGACGACGCAGUCACGUCCGUGCAUUGGGCCCCUAUCCUUUCUGGGUUCUAUAGAUUUUUUCUUCUCGUUUUUCUGCUUCUCCUUCGCUCUGCUGGAUCUAUACCGUGAGAGCAUCGACUAACGUCAUAACGGCUCCAUAUUCCGUUCAAAUCUAUCGAAGUUAUCAAUCACUCAUGCUCGUCUGAGUUUCGGUUGAGUUUAGUUUUGGAUGUACCGACACUCGCGUCGUCUGUCCGUUUAAAACGAGUGCAGUCGAAUCGUUCUUUCGUUCGCUUGCGGAGUCGUCAUUCUUUGGUAUUUGGUGCGCGUCGUCGCCUGACGGACGAGUCGUAGACGGGGGCAAUCGUGUAGUAAUUAUACACUGCAUCAUCAUUAUUUUUCUUUUUCUCGAAACCAGCCUGAGCUGGCGCGAUUUCCACUUCGCCUGACAGCCGGCGGUAGCGCGGAAACAUCAGUUUCGGAUCACCGCGCCUGCUGGGGAUAGCGUUGUACAAUCUGGUGAGCGUCGGCGGAUCGCGUGUGUAUUACCGGGCGGAUAUACAUUCUCAGCUCUUUACUCGGAACCGACGGCGACGCCUUGUGCAAGCGCGGCGUUACCAUGUCACGAACUGCAUCUACAACGUCGUCUGCUCGUGGCCCGAGCCAGCACUCCAACGACACCGCCAGCAAUGCUGACGCAGCAGACGCCGCGACGACAACAACCAUGGAGCGUGGACUAGCCAAACGCGCUCAGCGGCAAGAUCAACAACGAAGCGCUUAGUUAAAGAAUCAAAACCCCCCAUUAGUCGUAAAGUGCUCGAGUGCUGUCACCGAAGGACCGUCGUGGGAUUGCCAGAGGCAAUCGUUUUACAAACGCGCUCCUCGGUCUUGAAAGGUCUGUCGUCUGCGACGAAGUGUAUUUUUACGUGUGAUAUUCCGCAUCCUCUGAGUGCGCUUCGAAACUAAACCAAAGUCAACGAACUAGCCAAGCCUGCAAACUGUGCCGUUGCGUCGGGCAACAGCAGCAACUAUGCACGCUGUGCGUGUGUGUCGGUGCGUGGAUUCUUGCACUUUAUCUGGCGUCCGAGGACUUGGGAACGCCGUUCUGUGAUUUGCAACAACUAUCGUCUCUCCGCAAGACAGAGUGGAAGCGAGUGCACGAAGGACAGACGAACGAGGUUCGAGUUGGUGACCGUUUGCCAAUAGUCAGCGUCAAGUCGGAAAUUCUGCGAAAAAGAAAGUUUCUUCGCCACGAAGUAAUCACGACGCGGACGCUUUUGUGCUUCACGCUGCGAAGAAAUUAAACGACUACUUUGACUCGUCACGUAGAGAACGUUUCCUAGCUUUACGAGAGCGUUUUUUAGAACUCGCGACGUCACGAAGAUAUUCAUCGACGCUUAGCGAACACGUAACAGGAGCGCGCAUUCUGCAACCCGAAAUCCCGCCGUUUCAUUUUUCUGCCCCCUGGUACGAUAUGGCAGAGAGGUUGCCGGAGCCUAGCGAACACGAUUGCGUGUCGUGACGAAGUUGAAACUGCCCUUCCGUGCCGAAGAACGUUUGUCCGACGGUCAUAUGGGAGGCGCCAAUGAAGGCACCGCGGGAGGCAUGGUACCGCGCACGGACGGGCGGAGGUGUGUCUGAGCAGAAGUGGCGUCCUGCGCCGACUUGCGUAGCGUAAAAAUGGAGAAAGCUUCCAAAGGCGAGCUGGCGCCGACCUCCUCCUCUUCGCCUCGGGCCGGCGGUCGUCCUGCCGGGCUCCUGCCGUCGCCGACGUUGCCCUGCGUGUCGGCGUCGGCGGCCGACGAGGACUCGAGCGGCAGCUGCGGCAGCACGGGCAGCGGCAGCGGCGGCAUUUGCCGUAGCGCGAGCGAAUCGCUUCUCCGCAAGCGUAGCCUGACGCUGGCCUUGCCGAUCAACCUGUCCUCCGUGAUUCAGCUGAAGAAGGAGCUCAAUGUCUCCAGACGAGGAAGUCGGUGUUCGUCGGCUCGCAAGAGCCUCAUCUGCAAUACUUCCCCAACCCUUCCCAGGUGCCAUUCUCCCAUUCCACAGAGCAGCCCUCUGGACAGCCCCCGCAACAUGUCCCCGAGUCAACACUUCGCAUUCGCCCCCGUCAAAAAGGCGGACGGCCGGCGAUGGUCAGUCGCGUCACUGCCGUCAUCGGGCUAUGGGACCAACACACCCGGAAGCUCCAACGUAUCUUCCCAGUGCUCCAGCCAGGAGAAGCUGCACCUGCUGCCCUAUCAGCCAACGCCGGAUGAGCCGGCGGGCACUCCGGUUGGCGGCGGCCAUCCGCCGCACUACUUUCCGCCGCACCAGCACCACCAACAGUACCACCACCCAUUCACGCACCACAUCCACCACCACGUCCACCAGUCGCGGCACUUCUCCAGCAACGAGAGCAACCCGGGCCUCGAGGACGAUGGCCACCAGCAGCACGGUGGGGCCUCCACCUCGUCGGGGGCGCACGCCACCGCCACAACGACGUCGUCGGGCUCUGCGUCGCCCAUCAUCAGGCCACGGUCGCGUAGCCUCAGUAGUCCCAUGCGGUCACCCGGGAUUGACAACGAGAUUGUCCUUAUGAACAGUGUCUACAAAGAACGCUUCCCAAAGGCCACCCAGCAGAUGGAGGAGCGGCUGGAGCAGUUCGUGACGCAGGAGGCGGAGCUGGACGCCCAGCACUCCUGCGACGCCGUCGCCCGCUUCGCCCACCACCAGAUAAUCGAGCUGGCGCGUGACUGCCUGCAAAAGUCUCACGACAAGCUCGUCACUUCGCAGUACUUCUACGAGAUGUAUGAGAGCCUUGAGAAGCUGCUUGCUGAGUGCCAGGAAAAGUCACCGGAUGCUGCCCACCACCUCCGGAAACUCGUGCGCAAGUUGUUGCUCAUCGUGUCCAGGCCUGCACGGCUGCUGGAAUGCCUGGAAUUCGACCCCGAGGAGUUCUAUCGGCUGCUGGAGGCGGCCGAAGGCCAGGCCAAGGUGGUGCAGGGCGUGUCCACAGACAUCCCUCAGUACAUCAUCAACAAGCUGGGACUGAAUCGGGACCCCUUUGCAGAUCUGGCUGCAGACCUGCAGACUGCAGACCAACUUGACUCGGUGCCCGAGGUCGAAGAAAGAAAGCCACCGGCCAAAACACCUUGCGAGGAUGACUUCGACACCAUCAAGCUCAUAAGCAAUGGUGCCUACGGGGCCGUGUACCUGGUUCGCCACCGGGAGAGCCGUCAGCGCUUUGCCAUGAAGAAGAUCAACAAGCAGAACCUGGUCCUGCGCAACCAGGUGGAGCAGGUGUUUGCCGAGCGCGACAUCCUUAGCUUCACCGACAACCCCUUUGUCGUCUCCAUGCUGUGCAGCUUCGAGACCAAGCGCCACCUGUGUUUGGUGAUGGAGUACGUGGAAGGGGGCGACGCGGCCACCUUGCUAAAGAACAUGGGUCCACUGCCCGUGGACAUCGCCCAGUUCUACUUUGCCGAGACGGUGCUUGCUGUCGAGUACCUGCACAGCUACGGCAUCGUCCAUCGGGAUCUCAAACCCGACAAUUUGCUCAUCACUAACAUGGGCCACAUCAAGCUGACUGACUUCGGUCUGUCCAAGGUUGGACUCAUGAACUUGGCCACCAACCUGUAUGAGGGCUACCUGGACAAGGAGACCAAGCAGUUCAACGACAAGCAGGUCUACGGUACACCCGAGUACAUCGCCCCGGAAGUCAUUCUGCGACAGGGAUACGGCAAGCCCGUGGACUGGUGGUCGAUGGGAAUUAUUUUGUACGAAUUUCUAGUCGGCUGUGUGCCCUUCUUUGGGGAGACCCCCGAAGAACUCUUUGCUCACGUCAUCAAUGAUGAGAUCGAGUGGCCCGAGGAUGAUGACUGGUCACUGCCCGAAGAUGCCCGGCACCUCGUCUCCCAGCUAUUGCAGCAGAACCCGCUCGAUCGCCUGGGCACAGGGGGUGCACACGAGGUCAAGGAGCACCCAUUCUUCAACGAUGUCGACUGGGACUCCCUCCUCCGGCAGAAGGCUGAAUUUGUGCCCCAACUCGAAGAUGACGAGGACACCAGCUACUUUGACACACGGACCGACCGGUACCAGCAUGACGACUCUGAAGACCACGACGAUGGGGAGGAGCACACAUUCUCGUCUUUCUCGUCAUGCUCGCCACGCUACCGAAAGGUCUACUCCCGCAUUGAGAAAGAGCUAGAAGAAGAGAACCUGCUCAGGCAUGUGUGUGAAGAAAGCCACCGCCGCUCGCUCAGCCGCACAGACUCUGCUCCAUCGGACUCCAGCGGAGAGUCUACGCUCCUCCGCACCCCAGCGUCUGGAGCAGGGGAUGCCUCCACGCGGCGGCUGUCUGGCUCGUCGCCUGAGCUUCCACCGCCGGGUGGGCGUCCGCUGUUGACGAGCACCCCGGAGUCAUCGCAAACGGAAUCGGAUGAGGUGUCCCCCCAGGUACAGCGGAGAAGACGGCCAGGCAUCGCUGAUCUGCCUCGCUUUGCCCUCUCCGUUGACCGGGAGGACACAUCACGCCGAUCCCAUCACCGCUUGUCAGCACCCUUGCCCCUGCCUCUGCCUGCCACCGCCACCACUUCAGCUGCCGCAACUGCACCGACCUCGCCGGCGGUCGCCACCACUGCGGGCGAGCCCCGAGAGCUCUCUCCCGUCGCGGAGCGAUUGGCCCGAACCGACAAGGGCCAGCGCACUCCUGAGCCCAAAACCAGCGACACCAGCGGAGGGAGCACCAGCAGUAGCGGCACCAGUACAGGCACCGGCAGCACCCUUGGGGCCACCGGACCGAGAACACCGGAGAAAGCAGCCAGCGGUUCGCCACGAUCGACGCCCAAGCUCGCAGCCACGCCCCCUAUGCCAACGCCCUCACCACCCAUCAAGCUGCGCUCGCGCUCGGUCAUCAAGUCUGCGUCGGCAUCAGGCCUUUCACUCAUGAUCCCUUCUGAUGACCUCAGCGCAGCAGCUGCUGACUUGUCCAGCAGCAUACACUCAGGGGUGCUUGGCUCGCCCGGCGGCUCAAGCACGAGCUCGCGUGACACGUCGCCGAGCCGGGAACUGAGUCCACUAGUGGCACAACUCAAGCCCCCCAUCAUCAUCCAGAGGGGGCCACGGGGUUUCGGAUUCACCAUUCGGGCCAUCCGUGUCUACUACGGAGACUCGGACGUCUACACCGUCCAGCAUCUUGUCAUGGCGGUGGAGAACAACAGCCCGGCGUUCGAGGCGGGCCUGCGGCCUGGCGACCUCAUCACUCACAUCAACGGCGAGGCGGUGCAGGGUCUGCUGCACCCACAGGUCCUGCAGCUGAUCCUGGCCGGCGGGAGCCGCAUAAACAUCCGUACCACGCCCCUGGAGAGCACCUCCAUUCGCACAGGAGGCCGCAGGCGCAACCCCACGACCAGCCGGCUUGCCCGGCGGAACACGCGCCAGCGACGCGUCUCCCAGGGACCUGCAGCCACACUGGGAACCAAGCUCCAGGGUUCACCACCGGCUAUCGGGUCAAAGCCGGUUGACAAGAAGAGGCGCGCAUCUCUUCUACGGCGACUGAGCAACAAACGUGCCAGCGCCGAGAUCCAGCAGCUCGUGAGUGCGGCUGUGUCAACUCCGACCGGACUUGCUCCGAGCCGGAGCUUCCAGUCACUUGCCGAUCCUGGAAGCGCAUCACCUCCACCACGGAGUGGUGGCAUCACCGUCAGCUUCGUCAAAGAGAGGUCCUCAUCCGAUUCGUCGCACUCGACGAGCAAUUCCUCGCCAAGCAGCUCGCCCAGUUCAAGCGUGCCAAACUCGCCUGCUGGAAGCGGGGCAAUACCACCGGGAGCUGCUAGCGGACCAGUUGCAGCAGCAGCAGCAUCUGUUCAGGCCCAUUUUCAGCGGCCCAGCUCGCUGCACGGGCUCAAGCACAAGUUGGCCCAGACCUUCCGGUCCCCGCGCCGAAAGUCUGUCGGUCACAUACCACUCUCGCCGCUUGCUCGCACCCCGUCUCCGUCGCCACUGCCGGUAAUCAGUCCAACACGGUCGCCAUCCCCACUAGCCUUCCCUCCGGGACAGGCUCCACCAGCUCACCAUUCUCACCAUCCGCAUCACCACGUGCAUCACCCGGCAUCCGUAGUGGCAGUCCAGUCACCUCAGGUGUUUACGGCAGGCCGGAAACCGUCGCCUCCGACGCUCGUGCCAGCAGCGGCCACUGUGACUUCGUCGGCACGCAAGUCACUGAUGAGACCCAAGAGUGCAGAGCCCGGCUCUCCCUUGUUGAGGCGAGCCCUCUCGCCAGACCGCCUCCAUCCGAAGUCGGCAGAAUCCAAACCAAGACGAGAAUCUUUCUGCACGCAUGCAUCACCACUGGCCCUGACGUCAACACCUUCCACAUCGCAAGGCUCGCCACCGCGAGUGGUGUCGACUAAGACUGGCAGCCAGUUGUCUCGAAGCACGCUCACUUUGUCGCCAGCAGGGGGAACACGAAUUCCAAAGUCGGCAAGCACGCUGGUACCCGGAGAGGAGGGCGGCGAGGUAAAGCCACAGGGUGGCCGAGCCCGCAGUCACUCGCAAAGCGAAGUCGAGAGCCUCGUCGAUAACGACGACGAUGACACGGCCACGACUUCUGCUGUAAGGCCCCCCUCGCCACUACAGCGUUCUCCAAAAGAGCGGGACUUGUCUGCAGGCUGCACCGAACUUCCGCCCGACGUCCCGUCCUUUACAGUGACGCCUAGCACUCCCCUUCCGACUGCUGACAGUGAAGACGGCUCUUCUGGCAGUGAAGUGCGUAGUGGUGUGCAGUGUGACGACGGCGUCACUACAGCAACUACUACAACCAUCUCCACGAGCCCAGCAAUGGCAUCAGCCUCCACUACAUCGAGUGCAGCCACAACUGCAAAAAAGCCCGCAUCGCCAGCGGGUACAUCUUGUGCCGCCACGGCCACUGCUGUGACUCCGAUGCCACCUCAGGCAUUUGCAGCACAGUCUGCAGCGGCGAGCACGAAACGGCCUCCGUCAACAGCGGCAGCUCAACCCAAAGGCAGUUCUACUUCAUCGUUACCACAGCCGGCUUCUUCAAAUGGUGCUAGUAAAUCCCAGCCUUCGCAGCUGAACCCAGCAGAGACUGGUCCAAAGCAGGUGGUGGAGACAAAAAGGGCGCCUUCGAAACAGCCGGCCAGCAGUGAACAGAGGGCAUCUGGUGUAGUGCCACAGAACAAGUCAAAAAGCACACCGGAACCAGCACACACGACGAAAGAGGCUAAGUCGUAGCUUCACUUGUGGGAAGAGCAGUGCGGUUUGGCGCUUGCUAUGUGCUCUGAGCAGCCUUGUGCUCUCACUAGUGUCACUGAGGCAUGCUCGCAGUAUUUAUUAUUGCAUUGCAGCGUUGCGCAGUCCCAGAUCUCUACCGUACCUAACUCCUUAGUGGCUUGACCAGGCCCACAGAGUUAUUCCCCCCCCCCAAACUGCCCCCCCCCAAACUCUUGUUCUUUUUGUCUCCUCUGGGAGCGGCACUACCUUUUUGCGUUUCGUCGUGUGGCCCGCAUCCUAGAUGCAACCAGUCAGUCAAGUCAGUGACGAGGCCAUUCCCGUGUGUAAAGUGUGCAUCCCCUCGACGCUUAGCCCUUCCUCCAAGUUUUUGACUGUUCCGCUUCUUUUGUUUUUUUGUUCACAUGAUGAAAAGCGAGAGAUGUUUCUCGCGACGUGUUGAGUCUGUGGUUUUUGCGUAGCGUGUUCUACACUUGUUGACGGUUGUUACGUUUGCCAUCAGCGCAGACGGCGAGUUUUUCCAGUAUCUACACGCCGCCUGCCCUGCGCCGCUGUAUUUGCGCUUUUACUCUCGCCCAGCUGCCUUUAUUACCAUUUUCUCUAGCUGUGAAGUAGCAUUUGACGUCCUUUUGCUGCUCUUGUAUGACCCCGCUGCAUGGAAAACGCUGUUGCCAUCCGGAGGAACUGGUCGUGGCAUGUUCGGACCUAAGUUGUAAUGCAGUUCUUUGGAUGUAACAACUGUGCACACGCAGUGUAACUUUAUGCAAGACUCCUAAACAAAAUCAACGGCACUGUAGUAGCAGCCCCACACCCUUAAUUCUGCAUAAAUCGCUCCCGAUUCGAGUUAUGCCGAAACACGUCGUUGAUAAUACAAAAGCAGCUAGCAUAUGCUACCCUUGUUAUAAAAUUAUCGAAGGUUGCCACAAAGCUUACGAAAUGUGGUCUUCUGCCACCAAAGAGCUGGCAAACUGGCCCUGGCUAAACACUGAAUUUCUUGGCUACUUGCACCACAGUUUGGAAGGUUCACGAAACUACACCUCCAUGCAGCGGAGUGCAACAGGAAAGUCAUUCUUCUCGGGUGUGUUCUCUUUGCCGUGUAUUGUGCGUGCCGAUUGUGUGUUUAUAGUCUUUUCAUUUCUCAAUGAUACCACCAGGCCAACUCUGUGCGACCAUUUUUCUGGCAGCGUGCAAUCACACCGUGAUCAUUCUUCUAUCCUCUCUCCCAUACAUCAUUAAAGUGAGAACACAUUGUUGUCCAAAGCCUGUCUCCCCCUCCCCCCAACUACCCCUCCCCUUAUGGUAGUGCAAUCGAUAUCAUUGCAACCACCACCAGGUUUGUUCAUCGUACUUCUUGCAUCACCAUACCUCUUGUAUCACUGGGUCCUUUCGUUUCUGUUCAUUUUUUGUUUCUCUCCUGUGGUCGUCCUUGCCCGAUCUUUCGACCACUACUAGGAGACUACUAAAGCCAACCAAAUUGAAUGUGCGAACGGUAGCUGAAGUCAACAACCAGAGAUGCAAAUCGUAACACUUUUGGCCAGACAGCACUAACGCUUUUUUCGCAACCAAGGCAUAUAAGAUUGCGUAGAGCAGUUUUGCCAAACUAGAAUUUCACUGGCAAGGCUGUCAUAGGCUCGUGUAAGUGCUCCUCAGUCCAAACAAGCCAUGUGCUCAUUCAAGCCACGGUCUGUCUAGAGCUCCUGAUUGCCAGCAAAAUCACAUAAGCAGGUGAUCAGGAAUUUUGCUUGUAACCUGCUUGCUGUAAUCAGCAAGCAGGUUACAUAGUAGGCUUGCACAUAAAGAAUGGUGAAGGCUCAGACUUAGCGUGCUAGACGUCGUAAAAGAGGGCAGUAGACCUCAUACAAUCACAAGGCAAGAGAAUCAGUAUCAUACGGUCGGUGUUCUAGCUGUUCAAACAAGUCUGCUUGCCAAAUUUCACUGGCCUAUCUUGCGAGCUGUUGUGGCGCUCAACCAAAUUCCAUUACGUACCAUCAUUGUUUGCGUUCAGCUACCAUUGUUCUUUGCUUGAUUUGAUGCACCACAUUCAAUUACGCCCCCUGUUCUGCUUCAAUGCAAAGCAAGUAUGAUCGCAUUCAUGGGUACUUCUAGAAAGAACGACUGGUGCUUACAUUACACCGCACCGACAUAUCAACCGUUAACGUUGUUUUUGCAACUCUGCUCCCUCCGGCCAGCUCUUUUUCUUUCAGCAGCGUUACCGUGGCUCUCUUAUGGCUCGCGAGCGCAUCGCACUAACAUCGCACCGAGACAGAGUUCUUGUAAAGGUCGCUUCAUGCUCUGCUGUCGUCGCAAAGUCCGGGAAAGAAACUGCCUAGAUGUUUGUUUUCUUUCUUUUUUUUCAACCUGCCACCUUGGAGCUUCUGGAGGUAACAGCAGGCAUCGCCAGCCAGAGACUUUAUUGGCAUAGUGCCAUAUGAUACGUGACGAGAGGUGAUCCUGUCCCGAUGUCAUGUGGUCUUCUGUAACAUAUUUCUUUCUCCAGUCGCCCCACAUGCCUGUUUCGAGUUUUUGCUGCCUGGGUAAUUGAUGUUUUGAUUUUUUUUUCUUCUCUCUCUGUCGACCUACAAGACGCCUUGUUUCUGCGCUGUCUUUGCAUUCAAGGCAUGGGUGUAAGCAGCGUGAACUGGAGUUCUGUGCCAUCCUGUUCCCCACACUUUCUUCUUUCCUUGUUCAGUCAUCUAUGGCGGUGCGCUCUUUCUCAUAUACGAAUAAAAAAGAAAUCUUGUCGUCUCUGCCCCUUUUACACAAA